AUGCCUCGAAUGUUCUUUCCCCCUUCUCUCAUCCUCUUCUCUGUACUUGCUCAGCUGCACUCUGCGAAUGGGAGUGGUGAUUACUUUGUGGUGGGCGACCUGGGCCAGUAUACCACAAAUGGAGUCCCUACCCCGACUCUGUCAGGAUCUGUGAUUGAAGUUUCUGCAUUGGGUAGUCCAACAGAGGAUGGCAUCUUGUUGUACCUGUCUCCAGACAUGCAGUCUAGCCUGAAGUCUACCAUGGAUAGCAGCUGCGACACACAAAUUGAUUCCCGGUGCUACACAGCUGUGAUGAACUUCCUCGAAGACGCCAACAAUGUCAUUGAAUCCCACAAUGCGAACAAACGUGAAUUACAAGAGCGGAACGGGGGGCUUCUGGGAGCUGGCGCUAUGUUAAUUGCUGGAUUGUUGUUUCCCCUCAUAUAUGAGGGAGACCAUGUGGUCCCAGUGCCCAUAAAAAUCCCCGCAGAGCAACUCGAAGAGUCCUUUGAACUCGAAACCGCUACUGCCAUUAUCAUUGUGACUGAUGAUAGCACACAGUCAAUGACAGUAACAGCACCUCCAGAACAGAAUAAGGCGACUGGCUCCCCAGCCACAAUUACGACCUUUGCAAGUGCCGGUAAUGGCGGGAGUAAAGGGGACGUCAAUAUUAAACUAGAUGCAGCAGUGGCAGCGCAUCUUCAAAAGUUGCUAUCCAGCUCGGAUAACAGCAACUGCGAUGUCGGCGACGACUUUUUCAAAAAACUCCAAUCUCGUGCGCUCGACUUGAGCAACGUGAUAUGUGGCGCCCAGAACAUUCUAGCCGACGGAAUCGACCGGGGCGGAUUCCCCGACUGGCUCCUCAUGAAGCCGACAGGGCUGCCAUGGACCAGCGCCGAGGUGGUAGCAGCUGUGAACACCGUGGCGCAAUGGGCACUCACCCAGGCUACCUUUCUGAACCCAACUAUCACCCAAACUCAGCUCAACGGCUUGGCUGUCGGAGCCUUCGCCCUGUCUUGGGUCUAUUUCAACAACGGUGCCAUCAAGCCAGACAACAUAAUUCCCUCGGCAUCGUUACAAGGCGAUCCCAGCAUCACCUCCUGCACGCAACAGACGGCCACAGAAUGCGGUCUGCAACGCAAGAACACUUACUCAACGACUGCGACGUAUACCCAGACGGCCGAAGACUCUGUACCGACCGAUUCUUCGGAUGGAAACGGGCAGCAGGUUGCGGUGGCGUCAUACAUCAAUCCGCUCGGAGACCCGUCCGCCUGGGAGCACCUGAUCGAUGAUUAUCCUUCUGACAAGAUGCCCAUCUUAAUUGCCAAUGUCGUCAAUGGUCCAGAUUCUACUGUUAACGAUGACUGGACUAAUGUUAUUAAGCGAGCUUCAGCUUCCGGUAAAACAGUCCUUGGCUAUGUGCGAACGGGAUACCUUGGCGUGAGCGAUCAGAAAUUCUUAACCCGGCUAGGUUCCGGCGACUUGGCGGAUUGGACGGCCCAGAUCGAGCAAGAUAUCGAUAUGUGGUACACGCUUUAUGGUAGCGACAUUGGCGGCAUCUUUUUCGACGAGGGUUGGCCUGAAUGCGGUGACAACGAUAAAUAUGUCGAUCUAUAUAAGUACAUAAACGACUAUACGAAGCGUACCCACCCUGGUGCUUACACAAUCCUGAAUCCCGGGUCUCCUAUGGCUUCUUGUUUCGAGGAUAGCAUGGACACACUGCUAACUUUCGAACUGAGCUAUGACGCGUACGUCAACUCCUACACACCUAACGAUUGGAUACCAAAGGAUCCACGGAAACUAUGGCAUAUCAUUUACAACGUGCCAGACUCCGCGAUUGAUGAGGUAAUUACACUAUCUAAGAAGCGCGGAGCUGGCUUUAUUCAACUCACAGAUGAUCUUUUGCCCAAUCCAUACGACAAUUUGCCUGCCGAUUCCUAUAUAAAGAAGAUUUUGGAUGCAGUCGAUGGCGGCGCUCUCUUGAACGAAGAUGCGUCAUCCUGGCAAUCUGGAAUUUCGGCCGGGGCGGUUUCUGGACUGACAGUUGUGACCUCAGAAUAUACUUCUGCUCAGUUGUCUUGGUACCCGGCCUCAGGUGCUCUUGGAUAUCACGUGUAUUCAGGAAAUACUGUUGUCGCAAGCGUUCCAAACACAAUGACUCAGAUCACACUUGGCAGUCUCACACCAGGAGCUAGCCAUGACUUCCACGUAAGUGCCGUGGGAGGAGGUGGUGAUUUGGGAUCCUCCUCCAGUACAGUAACCGUUGUCACCGACUCUUUACCAAACGGGAAGACUGUCACCAACUGGCACUCCACUCCUCAAGAAGGCUCGACUAUCAUCAAGGCUGACAUUCUUGUUCCUUACGCUUUCGUCCGCCUCUAUCUCUGGGACUCGGUGGGAUGUGACUUCGACACCGAUCCGGGAUGGAGUGUCAAUUUUGAAGUCGACAAAUACGUCUGUACCCACUACAUGGUCGAGGGAACGACGAUAUACAAAUAUAGUGGCACACUUCCUAAAGGCUCCACCGCUCCACCUUGGGCUUGGACGUCGAUGUCGACAAUCACACUUGAUAUCACGGACUACACUUACACGUGGACAUUACCCCUGGGAACUUUGACUACCGACACGAGCAAAUUCGUGAUUCAGACACAAGGCUACAAUGUCCAGGGAAACUUUGUCGAGCCGGAUGCUAGCGACUAUGAUUGCGAGGGCUCGACUAUGUGCUCGACCCCGGAUAUGUUGAAAUGGUGCGACCAUGCCGUUAAUUACCUUCACCGAGACGACGACCCCUUUUACAAUACCAAUGGUGCGGCCAGUCAAACUAGAAACUGCUGGGGUGAUCAGACCCGAGGCUGCGGUGUCUUUGUCCAGGGUACAAACUGCAGUAUCAGUGGCAAUGAUAUGUGGAAUGACUACCAAAACAUCCGCAAAAUUGGUGGAUGCAACAAAUGUGGCACGUACCACAGGGGGAAUGGCUGUUUGGUUACUAUUGACUAUGUCUACCAAUGUAACAACCAUGACUAG